GAAUGUACCGUGAGAGGAAGCUGUUGAAAUUUGUACGCCCUUGUUUUAAAAAGCUCCUUUCGUUCUUAGUACACGUAUAUUCCGUUGGCUAUGUCGCGCUACUCGCAUUCCCAGAGGAUGAAUCUGGGGACUGUUUUUAAUUUUCGAGAUCUUGACAAAAAUGUUCAAGUCCAUCUUAAGAACGUAUACAGUACCCUCUCUAUUGGUAUGAUAAUAUCAUGUGUUGGGGCAUACUUAUUUCAAAUAAACUCUUUUCUGCAGUCGAUUACAACUUCUUUGGUGGUCUUGUCAUUCAUUUUAUCCCUUGGAAGCUCUUUGUUCAUUUAUUUCACACAACACUCAAGAGAAACCCUUCAUUCUAGACUUGGUGCUUUCUUCUUGUUCUGCUUUUCUACAGGUAUUGGUUUUGGUCCACUUCUUCAAGCUUUGUCAGUAAUCAGUCCUGAUACUAUUCCAACUGCCCUUUUGGGUACUGCCUUGAUUUUCGUCUCGUUCACAUUAACAGCACUGUUUACACGAAAACGAUAUUACAUCUAUCUUGGUGCUGGAUUGAUGUCUGCAAUCAGUUUGCUGACAACAUUUAGCUUCAUGAACCUAUUUAUUCGUUCUCCGGCCAUAUACAACGCUGAACUUUACAUUGGAUUGGCUAUAUUUUGUGCAUUUGUGAUUUUCGAUACCCAAUUAAUUGUUGAAAAGCGCCGUAAUGGGGAUACUGAUUUCGUAUGGUGAGUUCACUGAGUUACAUGGUAGAGCUUUCACUACUGAUUGACCUCAGAAUUCAUACAAACACUCUGCACUCUGCAUAUCAAGUCGGGAUUAAUGCAACAUAUCAGUCAAGGGCUGACACGAAUGUUUGUCUACCCAGAUUGUUACAAUGCAAAAGAGAAUAUUAACAUGAUAAAGAUCAGAAGAUAGUAAAGGACAUUCAUUGCAAUGAAAAGCUAAAUGCAACGUGGCACUAACUACAUUCUGUUCAAGAUAAUAAGGCCAACUUGUCCACUCACCAAUAGAUUGAUCAAAACAAAAUACGAAAAUUUAAAAAUUAGUAAUCAAAACAUCGCUUUCAUUCAGGCACACGUUGGAUUUGUUCAUUGAUUUUGUCGAAAUAUUCCGUCAUCUUCUUAUAAUCCUCAACUCUAAAAGGAGACGUGAUCGUGAUGACGAUUAAAAAAAAUGGUCUUCAUUUAUUUAGCAUCCGAUUAAUUUGGUUAAAUUGCUUCAUAAUAAUAAUACUACUCUUUAUUGGUAUUAUUUCACUUAAUCUUUCUACUUCGCAUUUUGUUGAGAAACCUUACGAACAAAAUUUAUAAAAAAAACAACAACAACUAAAGUACUUAAUUAUUAAUUUGUUAUAAAUUUACGUUGUUCUGAUUAAGUCGAGAUUUACAUGGGCUUAACACAAAUAUAUUUCUGUUUUAUUUAUAAAAAAAAGUGUAUUCUAAAACUCUUUUGCUUCGAAUAUCAAAAUAUAUUAAGAAAUAUGCCCUAACUUUACAUUGCACUAAUAAAAUUGGUUGUUUUUUUUCACUUCGUCUUUUGGUUUCCUAUUCUUGUGAUCCAUAUUGAAUAGAAGAGUAAGCUAUUGAGAUAUUUUUUAACUUUAAUUCAUUCAUUAGGUUCCGAACGUUAAUCAGUUACAAC